AUGGGAACAUGUUAAUUCAUAGCCGAGAAACAAUACAAACAACACAGUAUAAGCGAUAUUGAAGCAUCAUUCUAACCUUAUAUCGUUUAAUUGAAACUUACUCCUAUUGUUAGUAACAUAACUGGUGAUGAUGAUAGAAUGGAUGAAAUAUACUAUGAUAUUGAAAAAUAAAUCUCUAUAAAAUAAGAAAAAGAAAAAGUUGGUAUCAAUCAACUCAACAUCUCCUCAAAAUUAUAUUUAACUCACAAUGAUUCUCCCUCUCUCUAAUCGGAUCAAUUUUAAGAGAUAAUGAAGCAACCAAGGAAAAAUAAAAAUCUAAAUGCCAAAUUCAAAGAGAUGAUUAUUUGA